GUUCACGUAUCCUUGUGGCGGUAACGUUUGCGGCUGUUGCUGUUGAUGCUGGGAGAUCGGCGUUGUCAUAUUGUCUGUGGCGUCAGCGGGUGCCACACACGGAAACAAAUAGAGGGAAUCCUCGCCCGGGAAGCGGAGGCAAAAUAGGCAUGCCGCGCGGAGCUGAGUGAAAGGUACGACGGCAACGGCGGAAGGCGCGCAAAACCGACAUGACCCCUCUCAGGGUUUAACCGUUCAGCCCAUCUGGUGGCAGGGAUAUCUCAGCGAGAGCGCAAGAGCGAUUGAAGUGCAUGGAGUGGGAACGCGGGCUGGCCAGCGGCGCGGCCGGAGCCGCGGCGAGACAGACAGCGUCGACAGGCCGUCCAUGGCAUACCUCAAGCUUAAUGCUCGAGCUGUCAACACCGCGUUAUCCUUCCCGCUUCGUCCUGCAGUGUCACAAUGUGGCACACAGCAGAAUCAAGGCCAUCACGACCUACGCCGUCGCAAAUCACCAACGACCCCCACUCGCGCCACUCGCAGAAUGGUCCAACCACCACCGCAGUCUCCGCCUAGAGCGUACGCUUCGGUUAUCUCGCAAGCUGUGCCUGCCCUCCGGUAGUGUGUUCAAAAGGUAAUGCCAUGUUCAUACUUUCCCAUGCCUCAUCCCCGAGGCGUUGUCGACUCCUUUGCAUAGACCGCAAGGGUCCUUGACACUUACUGUACAGCCCUUGGGCGAUGUGUGACGGCUGUGUAUAUUGUUGAGGUUGAGCGACUUGGUAAAGAGGUGGCAACUGCGCCUGCGACGCUGGGGCUGGAGCCUGCUGGGGUAUGUUGAGAAAGCUGAGGUCAAUCCCAGGG